AUGCCGCAGGGCUCGGACGAACCUUCUGGGGCCACCCUGGGCUACCUCGCGCCCAUCUGCGUCGCCGUCUUCUUCAUCUUUGUCUGGAUUGAGUACAGGAUCCUCUUUGGCACGCGAACCCGCUUCAGAGCCGCCGGUCGCCCCAUCGAUCCCGAGAGCUGGCCGCUCGGCAUUCCCUAUGCAACGCUCACCUCCACCGAUCUCGAUUCUCGCUUUCCGCUGGUCAAAUAUAGCGACUGGCUGACCCACCGGUCAGACAAGGCAAAGGAGGCCGCCGUCGACCCCCUUCCGAGCAAAGCGCCCGCCUCCCCCUCCGACUCCAGUCACUCGUUUGACCCUGCGGACAAAGAAGCUUGUGUUGGUGGGGACACUGGGGACGACGACGACGACGACGACGUCAACAUUGCCUCCAGCCAUGGCGAUUCGCAUAUGGAGUGCGCCAUUUGCAUGGAAUCAUUUGAGGACGACGAUUCCAUCCGGUCGCUGACCUGUAACCACAUCUACCAUGCCACUUGCAUCGAUCCCUGGUUCACCAAGCGGCAGGCUCGGUGCCCGUUGUGCAAGAAAUGCUAUCCUCCAGAUCCUGGCUCGUCGGUCCCAACACGACCACCAGCCGUCUUGCUCAGGAAUCAAAUCUUUCCACGAGUGAUUUGA